AGCACCUUGGUAUUAUUAGCAUCAUGUUCUGACCAGCUUACCUCAGGGUCAGGUUGCAAUUGUGCAAGGAGCUUCUUUUUGAAAUAGAAAAUUAAAGUCUGUGUUUGUGCUCCAGAAUACAUAGUGGGCAAUAAAGUGUGAAGUCAUUGCAGCAAGAAGUACUGAUUUCAAAUAAGAAAUAAGAAGAAAGAAGAAGAAACUGUGCAUUUAAACUUUUUUCCUCAGACUUUGUAGUUUGACUUUACCAUGUCUGUAGGGUUUUUUUUGUUUUCAAAGACAGCUCAGAAAAGUGAACAAAGCAGUCACUAACUUGAAGUGGAAAAUACAUAAUAAUGCAAUUUAAAAAGUUUAAAAAGAUUUAAAUUUUCAUUUUAAAAGUUUUCAUGUUGCAUUGUUUACAAACUAGAUUCUUGAUAUCAGAGAUACUGUAACAUUAUUGCAGCAUCAAGGCAGUACAGCACAUAGCGCCACAUGUCCUUUGCAACCUGAUCUACAAAGCUUGCUUGUGAGAAAUGGCUUCACUUAGAGUAGAUGCCUCAUUUCCAAGCUAAACACCAGUGCUGCUAUCUUUAUCUCUUUGUUUUCUCAUAAGCAAAGUAAAAUCUUGCUGUUCUGCUUGCAAGAAAUUCACUUUUUAAAUUCUUUUUCUCCCCUGCAGUGUCUCUAAAAAAAAAAAAAAAUGUGCUGUGAGUCAAAAAGGAGGUUUUUGCUUCUCUAUGCAACACAAAAGGGGCAGGCAAAAGCCAUAGCUGAGGAAAUAUGGCAGCAAGCAGGUGCCCAUGGAUUUGAAGCUGAUAUGCACUGUAUAAGUGAAAUGGAUAAGUAUAACCUGGAAACAGAGAAGGAUCCUGUAGUUAUUGUUAUUUCCACUACUGGGACAGGAGAGCCACCAGACACUGCCCGCAAGUUUGUAAAGAAAAUUCAAGACAAGGCCUUGCCUCCUGACCAUUUUGCACAUCUCCAGUAUGGAUUGCUAGGUCUGGGAGAUUCAGAGUACAUGUUUUUUUGUAAUGGUGGAAGGACAGUAGACCGACGACUUCAAGAGCUUGGUGCCCAGCACUUCUAUGACACAGGACUAGCAGAUGACUGUGUAGGUUUGGAAUUAGUGGCUGAUCCUUGGAUUGAUGGACUUUGGCUUGCCCUCAAGGAAGCAUUACAAUUGCAGAAAGAGAAAGAAGGCAUGAACAAUGCUGUCAGUCCUGGUCUCAGCUCUCUCUCUACAGCUCCACGUGCUGUGCAUGAGCUAAAGCUAAGCUCUGAAGUACAGAACUUGAAGCUAGAAGAUGAGGGAGCAAGGGGUUCUGAUACUCCGUCGCAGAAAGUGGGUGACAUCAAUCUUGUGGCUCCAGCUAAAGACACCAAACCUUCACUUGUUCAUUCUGUCCCUCCUGUCUCUCAGUCUGCUCUUAAUAUUCCUGCCCUGCCACCAGAAUAUAUAGAGGUGGAGUUUCAGGACACCCUGGGUGAGAAUCCGCAUCUGUCUUCGCUUAUCUCAGAGGGAACAACCUUUGAAGUGCCAGUUACAAGAGCCGUUCAGCUCACUAGGGAAGAUGCUAUAAAGACUGCACUGCUGUUAGAGCUUGAUAUUGCAGAUACAGCCUUUGAGUACCAGCCUGGAGAUGCCUUCUGUGUAAUAUGUCCCAACAGUGUCAGUGAAGUGGAAGAGCUUCUUCACCUUUUAGGACUUUCUGAAAAAGGAGAUGACUUCAUUUGUGUAAAAGUUAAGCAGGGCACUAAAAAGAAAGGAGCAUCUCGUCCACAGCAUGUCCCUGAAAGAAGCACUGUCAAAUUCAUUUUAACCUGGUGUCUGGAAAUAAGAGCGAUACCCAAAAAGGCAUUUUUGCGAGCUCUUGUAGAAUGUACCAGUGAUGUGGGAGAAAAACGGAGGCUUCAAGAGCUUUGCAGCAGACAAGGAGCCUCUGAUUACACUCACUUUAUUAGAGAUUCUAAUGUUUGCCUCCUGGAUUUACUUCAUGCUUUUCCAAGCUGCAAGCCUUCACUUAGCCUGUUAAUUGAACAUCUUCCUAAAUUACAAGCCAGAUCCUACUCAGUGUCAAGUUCAAAUUUAUAUCAGCCAGGAAGGCUGUGCUUUGUAUUUAAUGUUGUGGAGUUCCCUGCCGGUCCCUCUAGACCAGUCUCACGGAAAGGAGUAUGUACAGGGUGGCUUGCUGAGUUAGUUGCAUCUCUACUGCAUGCCAGUAAAAACUCUCUGGAUACAAAAGGAGAAAGCUCUUUAACUAAAAAGAUCUCUAUUUUUCCUCGUCCAAACAAUGCUUUCCACUUACCUGUGGACCCAUCUGUGCCGUUCAUUAUGGUUGGUCCAGGAACAGGAAUUUCACCAUUUAUUGGUUUCCUACAACAUAGGCAAAAGCUCAGAGAGCAACAUACAGACUGGGAAUUUGGAGAAACAUGGCUGUUUUUUGGUUGUCGGCAUCAGGAUCGAGACUAUUUGUUCAAAGAUGAGCUCAGAUGUUUUCUUGAAAAUGGAACCUUAACACAUCUUAAGGUUUGUUUCUCAAGAGACUCUUCAACUGCGGAAGUGGCACCACCUAAAUAUGUGCAAGACGUCCUUAGGAUUUGUGCUAAGGAAGUUGCCAGAGUCCUGCUGAAAGAGGGAGGUUACUUCUAUGUAUGUGGAGAUAAGAAGCACAUGGCUGAUGAUGUAAGUGAUGCCAUAGUAGACAUUUUAAGCGUGGAGAUGGAAGCUGACAAAUUGGAAGCAAUGAAAGUCCUGGCCAUGCUUCGAGAAACAAAACGAUAUUUGCAGGAUGUUUGGAGCUAAAUGUUUAGCUUUUCCUAUAUCUUUGUAAUACAAAAUACUUCCUUUUACACAUAUGUUUUUGAUUAAAAGUUGCUGCCAAAAGCUCUGUCAGUAGCACACACAAAGGUUAACUUUCUCUAUUGACCUUUCCAACAAGAACAUGAAACCUUUUAAAUGACAACAAACCAGGCUGGCCUUUCAAGUGUAUUUUUUAGAGAUGUUUCAUAAAGGACUGUCUUAGUGCCUUGAUUUUCUCAUCUUAAGAUUGGGUUGCUGUAUAAACUAGAAACUUCUGCACUUGUACAGUCGUAAUUGUAUGUUGACAUUGCAUCGUGUAUCUUUUCCCACAAUAUUUACAUAAAGAAGGUACAGAGUAAGUAUGUUACACACUGAUGUGUGCAUCAUGAAAUACAUUACUGACUUGCCAAGAUUUACUUGAACACUUCCUAGAUACUUCCUGAGACUGCUUAUAUUUUUUCUUCUUGCACAAUGACAGGAACUGCUGAAAGGAAUGAAUGUCCAGGAUGCUGCACAGAAAGGUUUCUGAAAAAUUAAACUCCAAAGUUUUCUUUGAAUUCAUCACAUCAUUACUUCAUGUCUCAAAAUUUUCAAUACACUAUUAUAAUGCUUUUUAGAUCUUCCUGUAUAAUUAUUUUGAAAUGGUUUUCAUUCCCAUCUCUCUGAAAUAUUUGUGGUUUAAUUUAUGAAUGCACACACCAGUUGUGUUGAAUUUGGUUGAUGGAAAAAUAUUGCGUGGUAAAUACUCUGUCAGAUUACUAAGGUAAUCUUCUUAGACUGAAGACAUAGAAAAUACGGUGUUUUGAAAUUAGUUGCCCUUACAUGUGGCCACUCACAACAAAUAAAGUGGUUGAAAAAAAUAAAGUAGAUGAAAGCAAAUUA